AUGGCUGAAGCAAUAGGCCUUACCGCCAGUAUAAUUGGCAUUGCCCAACUCGCAGGAAAAACCUUUCAAGUUUCUUAUAAUUAUAUAAGCUCAGUUAAAACCGCACGACGAGAUAUUCGCGAAUUCCUGGACGAGUUAUCCAGUCUGAAAACCGUUCUGGAAUCCCUACAAAAGGUUGCCGAUGAGAAUCCACAAUCGGAAGCGCUCCGCCAACUCAAUAAAUCAAGUGGUCCUAUCGAAAGAAUCGAUGGAGUACUCAAAGAGUUGUAUAUAAAGUUAGAUUCCAAGGAUGGAUCUAAAAUGAUCAAUCGAAUGAAAUGGCCAUUAAAGGAGAAAGAGACGGAGAAAUGUAUCAUUAUGAUAGGCAGACAUACAACUAUUUUCAAUAUAGCCUUGUCGGCGGAUCAUAUGACUUUGUCGAAAGAGAUCGAGACAUACACAAAAGAAAUGGGAAGCACAAUAGAGGAAAUGAAAUCUGAUAUCCGGGAUACAGCUUUGGCAAUUUACGGUCUCAAAUUGCAGUCAAAAGAUACCGGCGAACUAGUUCGCGAAACGAAUGUUGUAAUCCAAAGUCUACAGUCAGAGGCCGUUGCUCAAAGGUUGUGGAGGCAAAGCCAGAUAACCUAUGCAGAAUCAGAGAGGCGGAAGUCUAUAAUUAACUGGUUCUACAAGGAGAGUUUUGAUAUAAAGCACGCCGAUAUCAUUGCGAUGAGGCAGCCGGGGACUGGCGAGUGGUUUUUCAGAAGACCCGAAUUUCAAGAGUGGGCUCAGAAGAACCCCAACUCGCCUAUUCUAUGGGGCUACGGUAUACCUGGAGCUGGGAAAACGUUUUUAUGCUCGGUGGUGAUUGAUCAUUUCCAAGAACGAAAAAUAACAGCAAACUACGGUUUAGCCUAUGUCUACUUCGAUUAUAGAGAGCAGGAGCAACAGGGACCAUAUCAAAUUCUCGCGAGCUUAGUGAAGCAACUCUUGUUCCAACUAAUUCCCCUACCUCCGCCCGUCGACGAGCUCUACAAACGCUUGGAACCUCAUGGAAAGAGACCUUCUUUAGAUGAGCUUUACUCUAUUCUUAAGAUCUCGUUCACGGAAUUUGAUCAAGUAUUUCUAAUCUUCGACGCCUUGGAUGAAUGCGAUCAAAAAAGACAGAGAAAAGCCCUUUUACCGCUGUUCCAUCGGCUUGCACAGAGUGGAACUCAUAUAUUCGUUACUAGCCGACAACAUCCGGAGGACAUACGAGAUUCUAUGAGCGCAUCAGCAAGUAUCGAGCUGUCACCAAGCAUAGAGGAUAUGAGACUCUUCAUUGAGCAAAGGAUCGAAGAGAAUGUUCGGGCGAGGCGCCUAGUAAAGCAAGGGAAGUGUAAAGAUUUGAUCAUAAAUGAACUUAUUCAAUCUGCGCAGGGAAUAUGGCGGGUUAAGCAAGACGUCAAAGCUGUUUUUGUGUUGACAGAGGCAGCGUUUUUGCUGCUCCAUUUCCAUACCGAGUUCAUCUGUGGGAUGACCAAUGUUCGACUCAUGCUUCGGGCACUACAAAGCCUUAGAGAUUCUUCAAACGAGGAAAGACCUCUAAAUCCCACAUAUGAUAGAGCCAUGACGAUCAUCAAAAACCAAGCCAAAGGAUCAACCACGAUAGCAAUGAAGAUUCUGUCUUGGUUGGUGGAGGCUCGCCGAACGCUAUCGGCUGAUGAACUGCGAGAAGCGAUUGCCGUGGAAAACAAUCGCUAUGAGCUCGAUGAGUGGGAUUGGACAGAUAACGCAAUUAUGCUUGAUGUUUGUGCGGGCCUUAUUACGAUUGACGAGAAAAGCAACGUAAUAAGAUUUGUACACUACACGGUCCAGGAAUACUUAAUCGGGAUUUCGCUGGUCGGAGACGGCGAGAAACUCGAUAUAGCGACGGCUUGCGCUACUUACUUGUCAUUCGACGUCUUUUCCGAACCUGAGCAAGGGUUAUAUGGCAUCUCAGAUCGAGUUCGUCGGUAUCCCUUCCUUGCUUACGCUGGGAGAUACCUACCCUUCCAUAUCAGCUUAUGCCAAGAAGAUCAGACGGCGGAGUUACUUCUCAAACUAUUCGAAAACCCAGGUCACAUAAGCUCUUAUAUCCAGGCAUAUGAUUAUAACGGAGGGGCCAGUCUAGGAUCUGACAAACCAUUUCCUGUACAGAAAGCACUACAUAUAGCAUGUUGGAUGGGACAUAAGAUAGUAGUACAGACUAUCCUAGAUAACGGGGUAGAUAUUGAAGCUGAAGACUUUAAGUGGGAGAGGCCGCUAUACAUUGCCGCUGCCGGUGGCCACAAGGAAGUGGUCAAACUCCUUCUUGAGAACGGUGCAGAUGUUGAAGCAGCGCUGUAUAACGGAGAAAAUCCUUUGCAUGUUGCUGUUUUAAACGGACACAGAGAGGUUGUCAAACUGCUACUUGAGAACGGUGCCGAUAUCUCAGCGCGAGGCAAGGACGGAUUUUUAGCACUCCACAUCGCAACAUCGACUAGAAACGAAGAGCUUAUUCGCCUCCUUCUCGAAAAUGGUUCAAGCAUCUCUGCGGAGGCCGAUGGCGGAGUAACACCAUUACAUCUCGCUACGAAAAUGGGAAAUAAGCGACUUGUAGAGCUUUUCCUCGAUCUAGGUGCCGAUGUCAACCCAGUAUCGACCAGCCAUGGGGAAACACCACUACACGGGGCAGUAUCUAUCGCGGGGGACGCACCCACAGUCAAAUUGUUACUGUCUCGGGGUGCCGAUAUCGAGGCUAGGUCACAUCAAGGGGCAACACCACUACACUAUGCUGCAAGAGCAGGCAAAAAUGAGGUCAUUGAACUUCUGCUUGACGAGGGGGCGCAGAUUGACGCGAAGGAUCAGUGGGGCUACACUUCUUUACACCAUUGUGCAGCAUCGGGGAAUCGACCUGAUGUUUUUAAGUUACUCCUCGAUAGAGGUGCCGAUAUUUUUUCGACGACCCCUGGAGUGCCGGAGGAAAGACACCCCCAGUCGAUUUUACACAGCGCCAGCCGGAAUCACUCGGAAUCCGCGGUGCCAAUAAUACAAAUGCUUCUCAAAAGUGGUGCCAACGAAUCCCUACGCCUGGAAUACGAAGAUGCAGUUUUGGACGAGGGUCUUUCAAAAAAUCAUCAAGCGGCACACAGAUUUAUGGCUAUAAUGCGUGAUGCUCAUCCUUUUCCUAAGUUUCAAUGGCAACUGGAGGUAGAGAGAAAACAAGAGGAGCUCCGGGUAAGGAGGAUGAGAGAGAACGAGGAAAGAUAUUGGGAGAGAGAGAGGCAGAAGAAGCGUGAUCAGGAGCAAGAUCAAUGUGGGGCUAGUGAAGAAAGUGAAGAAGAUAAGAGUGAGGAGGAGGAAAGUGAAGAUGAAAGCAACAGUAUAAGAAAUGAUGAAGGGCCAGAAAAGGAGUGCAGAGGGUGGGAAGAACAAGAGCAGAGAAAAGGAGAGGCUAUUGCAGUAUAG